GUUUAUAAAGCGUGGGUGUCCCCCCCACCCCCCCACCCCACCCCGCCGCCGCGGGUGCGGGAGGCGGCGGCGCUGGGCGGGAGCGGGACUCGAACCGGCGGCGCUCGGAUGCGCCCGGCGGCCACGGCGGGGCCACGGCCACCCGCGGGCCAUGGAGCUGCCCACGGAGCUGCCCACGGCUGCCGGUACCGCGUGGGGCAACGGCACCGCCUGGGCCCCCCUGCCCGGCCACGGGGUCAACGACACGGGGCCGCAGCGGGCCAAGAACGCCACCUCCAUCCUGAUCGCCAUCGUCAUCACCGCGCUCUACUCCGUGGUGUGCGUGGUGGGGCUGCUGGGCAACGUCCUGGUCAUGUACGGCAUCGUCAGGUACACCAAGAUGAAGACAGCCACCAACAUCUACAUCUUCAACCUGGCCCUGGCAGACGCGCUGGCCACCAGCACGCUGCCCUUCCAGAGCGCCAAGUAUCUGAUGGAGACCUGGCCCUUCGGGGAGCUGCUCUGCAAAGUCGUGCUCUCCAUUGACUACUACAACAUGUUCACCAGUAUCUUCACCCUCACCAUGAUGAGUGUGGACCGCUACGUCGCCGUGUGCCACCCGGUCAAGGCCCUGGACUUCCGCACACCGGCCAAGGCCAAGAUCAUCAAUGUCUGCAUAUGGGUGCUCUCCUCCCUCAUCGGGGUGCCCAUCAUGGCCAUGGCGGUCACCAAGUCAAAAGAUGGGAUGGUGCUGUGCACGCUCCAGUUUCCCGAUCCUCCCAUCUACUGGGACACCGUGACCAAGAUCUGCGUCUUCAUCUUUGCCUUCAUGGUCCCCAUCUUGGUCAUCACCAUCUGCUACGGGCUGAUGAUCCUUCGCCUGAAGAGCGUCCGCCUCCUCUCGGGCUCCAAGGAGAAAGACCGCAACCUGCGACGCAUCACGCGCAUGGUGCUGGUGGUGGUGGCAGCCUUCAUCAUCUGCUGGACGCCCAUCCACAUCUUCGUCAUCGUCUGGACGCUGGUGGACAUAGAUAAGAAGAACCCCUACGUGGUGGCCAGCCUGCAUUUCUGCAUCGCCCUGGGUUAUACCAACAGCAGCCUCAACCCUGUCCUUUACGCUUUCCUGGAUGAAAACUUCAAGAGGUGUUUCCGGGAGUUUUGCCUGCCUUUCCGAGCCCGCGUGGACCAGAACAGCUUCUCCCGCGCCAGAAACACCACGCGGGAGCGCGUCUCCACCUGCACCCCUUCCGAAGCCCGCAACAAGCCGGCAUGACUAGACGUGGGCAGCCUCCAGCGGGGCUGCCGGGGCCACGGAGGGGACGACCCGCGCUCAGAAGUGACCCAGGUCACCACCACGGAGCUCUAGCAGAGCGGUGGCCUGGGUGCUGCUCGAUAACGCCGCUGGGUUUAUGUGCAGACUGACGGCAAGUGAUUGCAAAGACUUUUUUUUUUUUUCAACCUGGAGAACCGGGGGUGGGGGAAUCGGGACUCACCAAGCAACGCAGGGAGAGGACCAGAACAAGAGGCAACUUGGGCAGAGCAGCUCUGCUGCUGCUCCCACCGUGGCUGGGAAGAACCAGCAGCCCCGUUCCCCUGGCCAGGGCUGUCACCCUCCAGCACACAGCUAUCAGCAAAGCCCAGUCACCCCCGGACACAGUCAUUGCAACGACCACACGCUUCUCCUCCUGCAUGGGCCAAGGUGACACCGCAGCCCGUGGCGAGAGGGGAAGCCCUCACCUGUCAGGCGGAAAAAGGGGACGGUGCUGGAUGGUGAAGCCACGUCAUGGGGCCUCACUCCAUCCCCCUCUGAGCUGUGUCCAAAAAACGGCCAGAGCUGGGAAGAAAAAACAAUGCCACUUCAGAGACACUGCUAUCAAAGAGCUCCAGAUCCAUCGUAAAAAUUUUACCGGAGUCCUUCAAACCAGAACUGCCCCCAAAGGACGACUUUCUGCUGUUAAUGUCAUUACUGUAUUAUUUAGAGACGUGUGACUGCAGCCAGGGCAGCCCUAGACACAGAUGUGAUGCUGGGAAUACAGAUACAGCCAGGGACGGGUGGGGGGAUGGAGCAGGGCACGUCCCAAGCUCACCCUGUGUCCAUGUGCUGAUGCCCAGUUGCCCUGGCCCAGCAUCCAUCAGGGUGAUGGGGAACCACUCCUCACCCAUCUGCCUCCAAAGACAUUAAGCCCGAGAAAGCUCCCACUAAGGGAAGAAUCUGUGGGGACUUGUGGAGUUUCUCACAGUGUUAAAGCAUUUAGGAUGGACUAACAGGCAGCACUGCGAGGGCUCUCCCUCCCCUGCCCGUUGGGUAAAGGAUGAGCAACAGCACUGCCCAGGUUUCCUUUAGCAAAGCCAAAAUUGAUAGGAUUUUUUUUUUUUUUUUUUUUUUUUUUAGUAGAGCAUAAGAGAAAUACCACCAUCACUUCAUAAUCCCCCAAGCAGGGACAGAAUUCAUGCAAGCACUGAGAAAGGACCCACGGCCCAAAAGAAGCAGUGAUUUUAAGAUUUCAUGCCCAGCACUCAUCCGGGUGGAGCAGCCAUCCCUCCGAAGAGGUGGCUGAGCUCAAAGGCAGCACAUCCUGCAGGAGCCAGGGACCUCUGGACCACAUUAUCUGCUGCUAAACAAUGACUGAUGGGUCCUCCCGGCCUUCCCCUCCCUGAAUCUCGCCUGCCAGCCCCACACCAGCCACGAGCAGCAUCCGGGAGCCACGACUUUUCCUUCCUCUCACCUUCCCACCACUGCAGCUGUGUCCAGGAGGUCAAAUGGCCCGAGGAGGAGGAGGCUCGGAGGGAGCUGUAAUAGCAUUUAGUGGACAAAUUGAUGCAGCUGGAGGAAACAGGCAAGCGCCCGGGUGCACCUGGGGUUCGUGGGCUGGAUGGAGAGCCUGGGUUGCGUCUCUGGUUUUUCCAGUUGCAUCAAUUUAGCCUAAUAGAGGCCAUUACCUCUCCUUACCAGCCCUACCUUUCUCCAGAGCCUGUGGAAAUUGGAGCCUCCUGGUUAGGAAGGCAGAGCCGAGGAGGCAGCCGAAACCAAUUCCUCUUUCAAAGGAACCAAAUAAGGUGAAAUUGCUCACUUGGAUCCCAAAUCAAUCGCCACUGAAGCGCGCAAGCCAUCCUCCUCGCCUGCCUGCACCACGUCCCCCGCCCCGAGCAAAAGCCUCUCGCUCGGCGUGACAUCAGCCCUGAUACCUCCAGCUGCUGCCCAGGGCUCCUCAGGAUCCCUCUGCAGGCACGGAUGGAGUCCUGCAACACUGGCAGAGCCAUGCUUGGUCUCCUCGUCCCUUGCCACCACAAGCCCUGGCUGUUCAUGGAACAUCAGGUGCGGGAGGGUGAGCAGGAUCAGCUCUGGGGCAGAAAUUGAGGGGUGAAAACCCCCCAGGGUCUCAUAAGGCUGAGCUUCAGCUCCAGGAGAAGAGAGACUAAGGUGUCCAGAAGGAGUUGGAGACCACCCUUCAGCUCUCCACCUCCACCCACCCUGGGGGCAAAGCCCUCGGCAGCGCGUGGUGGGAAAGGCUCUUGGUUUGGAGCUGGUUUGUGGCGAGGUCUUGGCAAUGGUGGGGUGUCCCGACAGGGCUGGAUGUCCCUGCAGGGGUGGGAUGUCCCAUGCUGUGGACCAGGAUAUCUUGGCUUUCACUCCAGGCUUCAGCAUGAAGCUGAAUUCUGGCUCGAUAGUUCAAUUUGGGGGAUACCCCUCCAAAAAUACGACGAUCCAAAGUCAUUGAUCUCGUUAACCCGCCUUAGCCAGUGCCUCAGUGUCCCCUAGAAAUACCAACGCCGUGAUCAAGGCUGGUAAAGGCACGAAGGAGAGCAGCGUUUCCAACCACAGCAGCAGUGGCUGCAGAGAGCACAGUGAAGAAACUGGGGGACACAGGGGAGGUGAACCCCAUCAUCCGUGGAUGGGGCAUCUCUGCCCCCACGCAGCCCCUUUUGAGGACACGCCAUCGUGUUGGGGGGUCCAGGCUGUGAGUGCCGGGGGCUGUGGGUUGGCUCAGGGCUCCGUGGGCAGCUCAGCCACCCCCCAAAGCUCAGCCACCCCAUUUCCCAUCCCCACAGGAUCUUUCCAUCUUGGGGAGCCCUGCCGAAUUCCCACCCUGCUGGGAGUUGUGCCUGCCAUGGCCUUAAAGCGGGUUAAAAGGCUUCAAGUCAUUAUUUUUUAAAUGCAGCCACGCUUGGGCAGAGCUCAGUGCCCAGGACACAGCGAGGAUCGUGGCUUUUCUUAGCUUAGGUUUUGCUGAAUUAAAAAAAAAAAUAAAAUAAAAAAAAAUAUUCCUGGGGAACAUAGAAUGCUGAUGACAAACGCCGCCCCGGAGCCCUUGUGAUGACACGGACCUGGAGCAUCACCCACCUGCCUGUUUCAGCAGCACCCCAGCAGACACCCCGGGGCUGAUCCAGUUUCUCCCCGCAACGGCACCCACCCGAAAACCAGCUCCACCAGCCCCUCGUUCAGGCUGGGAAACUGGGGUCAAAUCCUGACCCAGGGAAACACUGCUGGGAGUUUGUGUCUGCCCGUGCAGAGCCGUGCCGCAGCUGGGAUGCUCGGAGGGCACUCUGUAUACUUUUUUUAUAUAUGUAUAUAUGUAUCUCUCUGUCUAUAGCCCAGGCCACCCCAUCCUGCCCCCCCGCUAUCGCAGCCCCCCGCUACUCGGUGUGUGAUGGAGCUUGGGCUCCUGCUGAAGCUGCCGGGUCCACAGCACCGACCGGGACCUCGCAAAGUGCUUCAGCCACUACUUCCAGCUCCAGCCAUCAUUAUUUUGGGCUUUCAGUGGCACUUCUGUAUAGGAACCACGCUUUCUACAAAUAAAUAAAUAAAAUAAAAUAAGAGACAGCA